CCUGGCUAAAGCCGCAAGCAAGCCCCCUCCUCUUCGUCGGCGGCCGCUACCUCCCCGCUCCCACAAUCUGCCGCGCCGCCGCUGUCCCGGCCAACUUCCUCCUCCCGAGGCGGCGGUCGCCUCGCGCGGAAUCUUCGCGUGGGCAGAGCAGAGAGAACUCGCCGAGGGCGCUUGCGUGGGCUUCGCGCAGAUUAGACUCCCAUCCCUCCCGAAUCCCAGCGGGCGAUGCAGGCGAAGAAGCUGACGCUGCUGCAGACGGUGGCGGCCGCGGGAGUCUUCUCCGCCGUCUCCUGCUGGUAUGGCUUCAUGUUUGGAAGGGAGUCCGCGCGGCGAGAGCUUGGUGACAUCAUAGACGACCUCCGCAAAUCCACCACCACCUCAACCACUUCAUCUGAACCCGAUGCUAAUUCCAAGCCAUAGUAUGCUAUGCUAUUCCCCCAUCUAAAUGUGGUCAAUUUUGUUUGUGGAUCCUGUAAUGUAAGGUAGAUGGAAUAACCAGUCUUCGAGAUGUUUUUACUAGUUUUGCUACUUUUGCCCCCUCCAAAAUGUGUUAUUCAGCUUGAACAUCUGUUUAGAAUGAAAAACAAGUUAAAGAUGCUGUUUGUUUAA